AUGGAGUUUUUCCAGAAAGCAAAAGUUAUUCGUAUGCAUAACAGCCACAACAAGUAUCUAACUGCAGAAGACGACGAAGAAUCAGUGACUCAAGACCGAAACGGUUCUUCCAAAAACGCUCGUUGGUUCGUCGAACCGGUUCGCGGUUCCUUUCACGUAAUCCGUCUUAAAAGCUGUUACGGUAAAUACCUAACCGCUUCCAACGAACCGUUCUUACUCGGAGCCACGGGGAAGAAAGUGAUCCAGUUAAAACAGAGCCGACUCGACUCGUCUGUUGAAUGGGAACCUGUAAGAGAAGGAUCUAAAAUUAAGCUUAGGACACGUGACGGUCGCUAUCUCCGAGCUAACGGUGGUCUUCCUCCGUGGAGAAACUCUGUUACUCACGACAAUCCUCAUUUGUUGGCUACUCUGGAUAUGAUCUCUUGGGAAGUUGAUGUUGUCGAGAUCUUAAUCGAUCCCACGGCGGAUUCACCGGAGCCGAAGACUCCUCCGCCGCAUAGAAGACCGUCGAAUUCUUCGUUGUCGGUUUCUCAUUCCAGGACUCCGUCUUCUUCUUCUCUUUCAGACAGAUCUGAUCUAGAUUCGUCAGUUGAGUCUCCACCGAAAUCUGAUGGGAGGACGAUAUAUUACCGUGUUGCUGACGAAGAGGGACACGUGGAGGACGAAUCGACCGUUGAAUAUGCUUUCACGUUUAAAGGAAACAGUGUGGCGGAAUUGAUACAGACACUGCGUGAAGAAACUUGUUUGGAGGAUGCUGUGGUCUGCACUCGCAGUCCUUUAAACGGCAAGCUGUUUCCUCUUCGUUUGCAGCUUCCUCCUAAUAAUGGAACACUGCAUGUCGUUUUACUACCUUCAAGCGCAAGCCACUAG